CCGCGCUGCUUCGUCUUUUUAGAGUUGCUACCGAUUUCCCUUGCUUUUGACUUGGUGGCAGUUAGUGGAUUCCGCGCCCGGGAAUGGAGCAGUUGGGUGAUCUCGAGCUUCUGAUGGAGAAGAGUUUCGGAGACAAGGCUGAGCCGCCCGCGGAGCCAUUUCAGAAAAAGGUGGAAGCUUCCUCUUCUAAAACAGUUCUGAGCUGUGGAAUGGAUAAUCGGUACCUGGUGUUAGCAGUCAAUAUUGUACAAAAUGAAGAAGGAAACCAUGAAAAGCAUUUACUCAUCACUGCUUCCCAGUCACUAGAAAAUAAAGAAUUGUGCAUCCUUAGGAAUGACUGGUGCUCUGUACCAGUAGAGCCAGGGGACAUCAUUCAUUUGGAGGGAGACUGCACAUCUGACACCUGGUUAAUAGAUGAAGAUUUUGGAUUUUUGAUUCUGUAUCCAGACAUGCUGAUUUCUGGCACAAGUAUAGCCAGUAGUAUUCGAUGUAUGAGAAGAGCUGUCCUGAGUGAAACUUUCAGGAGCCCUGAUCCAGCCUCGCGCCAAAUGCUGAUUGGUACAGUUCUCCAUGAAGUAUUUCAGAAAGCAAUAAGUGAUAGCUUUGCCCCAGAAAAGCUACAAGAACUUGCUUUUCAAACUGUUCAAGAGAUAAGGCAUCUGAAGGAAAUGUAUCGCUUAAAUUUGAAUCAAGAUGAAUUAAAACAAGAAGUAGAAGAGUAUCUUCCUUCAUUUUCUAAGUGGGCUGGAGAUUUCAUGCAUAACUGUAAUUCAACUGGCUUCCCACAGAUGCAGCUCUCUUUAUUGCUGUAUCUGGCAGAGGGGGUGGAUCUUGUUGCAUUAGUUCACUGUGAUAAAUUGCCAAGUGAUGGUAGUAACAAUAACACAACAUGUAAUAUUGAAGUCAUAAAAUCACUGGAUAUUGAAGAAAGCAUUUGGUCCCCUAGGUUUGGGUUAAAGGGCAAAAUAGAUGUUACAGUUGGUGUGAAAAUACAUCGAGGAUGUAAAGUGAAAGAUAUAAUAAUGCCAUUGGAACUCAAAACUGGCAAAGAAUCAAAUUCUAUUGAACACCGUAGUCAGCUGGUUCUGUAUACACUGCUCAGUCAGGAGAGAAGAUCCGAUCCAGAGGCAGGCCUGCUCCUCUACCUGAAGACCGGCCAGAUGUACGCUGUGCCUGCCAACCAUCUCGAUAAAAGAGAAUUAUUAAGACUAAGAAACCAGAUGGCAUUCUCUUUAUUUCACCGUAUUAGCAAAUCUGCUACUGGAAAUGAGAAGACAAAGCUUGCUCCUUUGCCACAAAUAAUUGAGGAACAGCAAACCUGUAAAUAUUGUUCACAAGUGGGCAACUGUGCUCUUUACAGCAGAGCAGUUGAACAACAGACGGACGACAGUUCAGUCCCCAUUGGCAUGCUGCCCCAAAUAAAAGAAGAAACCCAGCACCUCAAGCUUACCCACUUAGAAUAUUUCAGCCUUUGGUGUCUAAUGUUAACUCUGGAGUCACAAUCAAAGGACAACAAAAAGAAUCACCAAAAUAUAUGGUUGAUGUCUUCUUCAGAAAUGGAGCAGAGUGGCAACUGCAUUGGAAACCUGAUCAGAACAGAACAUGUAAAGACAGUUGGUGAUGGACAAUAUUUACAUAAUUUCCAACGUAAAAAUGGUGCCAUGCCUAUCACAAAUCUAAUGGCAGGUGACAGAAUUAUUUUAAGUGGAGAAGAGAGAACACUAUUUGCUUUGUCUAGGGGAUAUGUAAAAGAGAUUAGCAGGACGACAGUAACCUGUUUAUUAGACAGGAACUUGUCAGUACUCCCAGAAUCAACUUUGUUCAGACUGGACCAGGAAGAAAAAAAUUGUGAUAUAAAUACCCCAUUAGGAAAUCUUUCUAAAUUGAUGAAAAAUACUGAUACCAGCCAAAAACUUCGAGAGUUAAUCAUUGACUUGCGUGAACCUCAGUUUAUAUCCUAUCUCAGUUCUGUUCUUCCACAUGAUGCAAAGGAUGCAGUUGCCUCUAUUCUAAAAGGCUUGAAUAAGCCUCAGAGGCAAGCAAUGAAAAAGGUACUUCUUUCAAGAGACUACACACUCAUCGUGGGCAUGCCUGGAACAGGGAAGACAACUACAAUAUGUACUCUUGUAAGAAUUCUCUACACCUGUGGUUUUAGUGUUUUAUUGACCAGUUAUACACACUCUGCUGUUGACAAUAUUCUUUUGAAGUUAGCCAAGUUUAAAAUAGGAUUUUUGCGCUUGGGUCAGCCUCAGAAGGUACAUCCAGAUAUUCAGAAAUUUACAGAGGAGGAAAUUUGCAGAUCAAAGUCUAUUAAAUCUUUAGCUCUUCUAGAAGAACUCUACAAUAGUCAACUUAUAGUUGCAACAACAUGUAUGGGAAUAAACCAUCCAAUAUUUUCCCGUAAAGUUUUUGAUUUUUGUAUUGUGGAUGAAGCAUCUCAAAUUAGCCAACCAGUUUGCCUGGGGCCCCUUUUUUUUUCUCGGAGAUUUGUGUUGGUAGGGGAUCAUCAGCAGCUUCCUCCCCUGGUGCUAAACCGUGAAGCAAGAGCUCUUGGCAUGAGUGAAAGCUUAUUCAAGAGGCUGGAGCAGAAUAAAGAUGCUGUUGUACAAUUAACUGUGCAGUACAGAAUGAACAGUAAAAUCAUGUCCUUAAGUAAUAAACUGACAUAUGAAGGAAAGCUGGAAUGUGGAUCAGACAAAGUGGCCAAUGCAGUGAUAAACCUACCUAACUUUAAAGAUGUAAAGCUGGAACUGGAAUUUUAUGCUGAUUAUUCAGAAAGUCCUUGGCUGAUUGGAGCAUUUGAACCAAACAAUCCUGUUUGUUUUCUUAAUACAGACCAGGUUCCAGCACCAGAACAAGUUGAAAAGAGUGGUGUGAGCAAUAUAACAGAAGCCAAACUCAUUGUCUUCCUGACUUUGACUUUUAUUAAGGCUGGAUGUAAUCCCUCUGAUAUUGGUAUUAUUGCACCAUAUAGGCAGCAGUUAAAGAUCAUCAAUGAUUUAUUGGCACAUUCAUCUGUUGGGGUGGUUGAAGUUAAUACAGUAGACAAAUACCAAGGAAGAGACAAAAGUAUCAUUCUAGUGUCUUUUGUUAGAAGUAAUCAAGAUGGAACGCUUGGUGAACUCUUGAAAGACUGGCGACGACUUAAUGUUGCUAUUACCAGAGCCAAACAUAAACUGAUUCUCCUGGGAUGUGUGUCCUCACUAAACCGCUAUCCUCCUUUGGGGAAGCUACUUUGCCAUCUAAACUCGGAAAAAUUAAUCAUUGAUCUGCCAUCAGGAGAACAUGAAAGUCUUUGUUAUGUAUUGGGUGAUUUUCAAAGAAGGUGAAACACGGUUUUCCUUUUUCAUAGUGAUCUUCUCUAACAGUUUCCUUUUAUGAGUCAUUUGGGCAUGUUCUAAAGUCAGCACCUGGUUAGGCUGUGGAGAUAACUUUUAUCCUAAGGGUAUGAAAUGAUGUAAAUGUACUCUGUUCAGAGUUGCAGGUUUGUGUGUACGUGUUUGUAUAAUCUUGUUAAGCAUAAUGUUCUAUCACCAUACAAAAUUUAACACUAUUUUUCAGUACAGGUAUACUCAAAACUGAAAAGUCUAAAUUUAUAGUACUAUAUAUGUGUUUUUAUGUGACCUACAAAGAAUUUGAUAAAUGUUUACCAGCUUUUGAGAUGGACUUUUGGGGGGAUCUGAGGUUUAAACUUUUAAGUUUAAAAUUUCAAGAUUAACUUGUUUUGUAGAUUUUUAUCAUAUUUUAUUUGCAAUGCAGGUAAAGAAAAUUGAUUUGUUUGUUUUUUUUUUCAUUUAAGUACAAUCUUAUGGUGAUGAGAACAUGGGUGUGAAUUUUUUUUUGAGAUUCCUAAUCCAAAUCUAUUUUGCUGUUUUUCCCUUUUUAUUUCUGGUGUCAGAUAUGCUUUCACUUAAAAACCUAGCCUUUUUGCCCUGGCCAGUGUGACUCAGUGGAUUGAGAAUCAGCUUGCAAACUAAAGGGUCACCAGUUUGAUUCCCAGUCAGGGCACAUGCCUGGGCUGUGGGCCAGGUCCCCAGCA